UGACCAGGGCGUUUGAUUUUUAAACGUCGCAUUUGCCCUUCAAAUGACAUUUCGGUCUUGGUGGUCGUGCAUAAAUCACAGUUUUUAAUCCGAAAAUGGCUAAAAUUGGAAUCAACGGUUUUGGACGUAUUGGGCGUCUGGUCCUUCGUACGUCUUUGGAACGGGGAGCUAAUGUCGUCGCUGUCAACGAUCCCUUCAUCGGACUCGACUACAUGGUCUACCUCUUCAAAUACGACUCGACCCAUGGCCGUUUCAAGGGCGAAGUGAAAGCCGAGGGGGGCUUUUUGGUCGUAAACGGCAACAAGAUCAGCGUUUUCAGCGAACGCGACCCCAAGGCGAUUCCAUGGGGCAAAGUGGGGGCUGACUAUGUCGUUGAGUCCACCGGCGUGUUCACCACCAUUGAAAAGGCCUCCGCUCACAUUGAAGGAGGCGCUAAGAAAGUGAUCAUUUCGGCCCCGUCAGCCGACGCCCCCAUGUAUGUCUGCGGUGUCAACUUGGACGCCUACGACCCCUCCGCCAAAGUCAUUUCUAACGCUUCCUGCACCACGAAUUGUCUAGCUCCCUUGGCUAAGGUCAUCCAUGACAAUUUUGAAAUCGUCGAGGGGUUGAUGACCACAGUUCACGCCACCACAGCCACACAAAAGACUGUUGAUGGUCCUUCGGGGAAACUGUGGCGUGACGGUCGUGGAGCUGGCCAAAAUAUCAUUCCGGCUGCGACUGGGGCUGCCAAAGCUGUGGGGAAAGUCAUCCCGGCGUUGAAUGGGAAAUUGACAGGAAUGGCGUUCAGAGUUCCCGUUCCGAAUGUCUCAGUUGUGGAUUUGACCGUUCGUUUGGGCAAACCGGCGACUUAUGAUGAGAUUAAAGCCAAGGUCAAGGCGGCAGCUGAAGGGCCCUUGAAGGGGAUUUUGGGGUACACUGAGGAGGAGGUCGUUUCGUGCGAUUUUGUUGGAGAUACACAUUCCUCGAUUUUCGAUGCCAAAGCUGGAAUUCAACUCAGUCCAACUUUUGUCAAGUUGAUUUCCUGGUACGAUAACGAGUAUGGGUAUUCGAGCCGAGUCGUCGAUUUGAUCAAGUACAUCUCAAGCAAAGAUUCGGCUUAAGUGGGUUUCAUAUCCAUUGAGAAGAAGACUAGUCUAGAUGUAAGACACACGAUUUAUUUAAAUGUACUGUGUAUUUUUAUGAUUAUUCAUCCAUCAUUGUAAUAAAUGGUCAAAAUUAA